CUGUUAUCAGUGGAUCUGUUGGCAGUCUUGCGUACUGCAGCUGAGCGCAGAGGGAUUGGCUUUAUUGCACUAGGGGGAACAGUAGGUAUCCAGGAUAUACCAGGCAAGUGGUAAACACAAAGGGAGGGCUAUCUGCUGCUGCUGCCCCAGUCAGUACUUGACUGAGAGAGAGACAGACAGAGAGAGAAAGAGAGAAGAAAUGGAGACAUCCAGCCAGCUACUAAGUCUUGACCAAAAGAAGGAGGAAGAUGUUGGGACUAGCUUGUUUCACUGCCAUAUGAAGCAAAGAAGGCUUUUUAAUCCUCAAGAGGAGAUGAAGUUCCUGUUACACCGGUUGAUAGUCGUCUCCAGCCUCCCCCAGCAACUCGCAGACAGGAAAGACCUGGGAGUACACUACGAAGAACUGAACCAGCGCUUGCAGAGGUAUUACCAAGGAGAUGCUAUCACAGGCCUGCUUUUGCUGUACCCAACCUGCAUGCUUCAUGUCAUUGAGUCCUCCAGCGAGGUUCUUGUGUCUCUGCUGCAGGAUCUGAGGGACAUGCAGGAACGGCCACACUGUGUCCUGAUCGAGGCGCCCAGGGUCCUGGUGAUGUCACAUGACCUUCCCAGCAGGUUGUUCCAGCAGUGGAGCUACAAGGUGCUGAAUGUGCUGGCCAGGGUGGGUGGGAUGCUGAGUAGAGACGGGCCAGAGGAGGAGGAGGAGGAGGACACCGACACACUGGUCAGCACCACCCUGUCUAUGCUGCUCAAGCUGGGGAAUCACCUCCUCAAAGCCACCAAGGGGUCAAAGAUGCCUCUGGGCUCUGUUCUGGAUGAAGUACCAGAGAUGCUAGUCCCCCAGGAUAUCCUGGUUCAGCUCCUGUCCAGAGAAGACCUUCUGAGCCCCCAGCAGUACCUGCAGGCCUACCACACCCCUCUCCACAUCCUCAUCGACUCUGGGCACGCGUUUGGAAGCAGUCAGCUAACUACAGUUUAGUGUUUGGCCAAAAGGUCAAAGGUAUGGGUGUGUCAGCAUGUCAAAUGAAACCAAUGCAUGUGGUUUGAACCCAGAGAAUAACAUUGCAUGCAUCAUCUCAAAUUGGAUCUGCAUGACUUUGAAUGGAUUGUAUCUCUCUGAAUGAAGGAUAUUUUGAUUCCGGCACAGUAUAUUCCUUUGUAUGCAAGGGAUCUUGAGGUGUUGCUGUGCAUUUGAAUUGUAUUCCUUGUCUUUGUCUCGUGUUCUUGUCCUUGACAAAGGCCUCUGCAUGUAGGCUUUGAUAUAGGGAUUUAUUUUGUGGACACUGUCAGUUAGGAUGAUUCACACGUUUGAUAUUAUUUCCACAGAGCGUACUUGGCCUCCACCUGAGCAACUUCGAUGUGAAUUCUGACUUCUGAUGUGAUACAACUAGACAUUUGAAUGUGCUUCCUAAUCAAUAUGUUUUCAGCGCUCAUGUCUGGUUAUUUGAAUGUGUUAUUGAGAACUGCCAUUCAUCUGGACUGUGUGACACAUUCAACUCUAAAUAAUUGUCCUUGCUCCACAAAUGGAUACUACAUAACAAGAUACAUUGUUUGAUACUGUAGUGUUAAAAUACACAGGGACUGCAGGGUAGGUUUGGUUGUAUAUUGUAAAUAUUUCAUAAAUAUUUGACUGGAUGUGAACUGGCAUUAGAUGUAUUUUCUUUCCUGUGUAUAUACUGUCACACCCACGCCAUACUCACAAUAAGGCAUGAUUAAAUACACAUUAAAAAAAAACAUGUUUUAAUAGUUUCAAUAGUCUGAUGAGCAUUGUUUUUGAUCUUGCAGGACAUGUCCACAGUAGUUGUUCCACUCUGUGACUGGGAGGGAUUAUGUCCCCUGUCUUUAUUUUAGUGUCCCCAAUGUCACUGCAGUUUGACAUAGUACUGUAGAGCCUUUAUAUCUAAAAGCAAUGUCUCUGGAGCAUCAAUCUUCUGUUUUAUUUUGACCCCCUUGUGUUAAUUUAUUACUUGAACAUGAACUAUGCAAAAAGAUUCAUUAAAAGGUACUUUCUUACCAAACAAUA